UUCCAAACAUUGUUUCCAAAUCAAAUGAAUGGGACCGAGGCUCAUUAAUGGCCACUUGCCACCCAAACAGAAGACAUGCACUGAUCCAUGGAGAUGAAGACCUGACUGUGGUUUAGUUUUAUCAGUCUAUCAGCUGCUCAUCACACAACGAUGGAAUCGGUAUGGGAGUCAAAGUUUACUGCCUUGAAAAAGCAAUGUAUUGAUGUUGAGAAGAACAAUCUGAAGCUCAUGAAUAGAAUAUACCAUAUCAAGAAGAUGACAAAACGAGCUCAAAAGGAAAGGAGGGCGAUUAUGGACCGACUGGAUAUGCACAAUGAUAAUUUUCGAUACUUUGACCUGUAUUUUGAGGCCGAUGUCUUGAAGGAAAAUGCCGCGGUAAAGCCACAGAAGAGAUACGCCAGAAUGUAUGAAAGUUCAAGGGGAAGCUCUGCAAAGCGUUUGGGUCAGGAUAUGGCAUCUGAGUUCAAAGAUGUUGAGAUGACUCAGGAAGAAAGAGUUGCUCCACGGCGGGGCCUAGUACUGUCCCCAAAUUUAACCUCGUUUACAGACAAUUCCGAUUUGCAGAGUAACAUUUCGCUGCCACAGAUACCGUCACCAACGUUAGCAGAUGUCGACCAUCCGUUCGGUAUGGCCACUAUUCCAUCGCCUUCGUUCCGAUAGUUGAGAGGAACCUCUCACAAUUUGAAUCAGACUGAUACACAUAGAAACAGGCUAAUGCUCGGUCCUUUUGUGGUCGAGGUGACAUGGGUACAAUGUUGAUGACUAUAAGGAAGGACCUGAUCAUAAUUUUCUUGUUGUAAUUAUUGGCAUGUACACGUUUGUAGCUUCUUGCUAUCAACAAUGCCUGCCAAAAUUACCUGGAACUCCAAGAGAUUUGCGUUAAAUUUUUUUGUAUUUUUCAUUUCUUUCCCCAAAUAUAACUACUUUCGCCCCCUUUCCCCAAAUCCAAUGUUGGCAGUUCAGGCAAAUAUCAAGAAUUUUGCAGGGAUUGUAGAGCAUAUACAAACUUUAAGAAAUUGUUAAUCGUCAGCCAGCAGUAUGUCUUGAUUCAUCCCGUGGAAAUUCAACGACGGUUUCCUCAAUUCACGAUCCCUUUUAUACUGCAAGUCAAGGUUUAACCAAUGAAAACCAAGAAAUGGAAAAGACGAAAUACAUACAGCUUUAAUGGCAGCUCUUUCCAUUGCAACCAUCCUGUGGCAAAAUACCUUGUUUUAAUAUUUGACGAUGAUUCUUCCCAUCGUCGAGCUUUUAUGUUCAAUUAGAGAAAAAAAAUUCCCAGGCACGGGAUACAUGAAUGACUUUUAUGCCUCCCAAGAUUCAACCUUUAGUAUGUCAACAGAGAGUCGAAUUUAUGUCUGACGCAGCCAUUAAAUGGGCUUGUUGUUGUUUAUUUGCUUUCAUAUUAAUAGCUAACAGUAAACUGUAUACUAAAUUAACUAAACCAAAUCAAGCAAUGUCAAAAUGUAUACGAAAGUUAUAAUUGAAUGAAAUUAAAACUACUCUUUAUUCACAUUCAUUAGGCGUUAGAUUCAUAAAAAAUCUUAAGUAUUUCAAGUUUUCAGCGAAUUCCGUUUUGUUUGGUAGGCCAUUCCAUAUUUGAAGCCUAGCGAACCAAAAGUUACUUGAUUUGGUCCUACAUGCUUUAAGUCGUAAGGAUUUCUGGAAACUAGUGCAAAGAUCCUAAGUGUAAAGAAAAUUUUUAUAAAUAGUGGAAAUAGAUUGUCAACUGUUUCUUAGAUUACAUUACAAAGAGUUCUCUGGUGCGAGACUUGUAUUGUAAAUGUAUCUUCCUGACUUUUUGAGUAAAUCAUUAAAUAUGCUCUGAUGAUCGUUGGAAAGAAAUCUUAGUGCAGGCUCUUGUACUUUUGCAAUUUUCUGAAGCGACUUUCAGGAAGAAAACACACAAAACAAAAGAACCAUAGUUAAGUUAGAGUAAACAAAGCUUUUUACUAGGGCCUUUAAGUGCUCAAGUCCAUUAUAUGAUCGUAACGUUUUUAGAACAUUUAGUUCUGUUGCAGCUUUUUUGCUAAGAUCCAAUGUUACACCUAAAAGUUUUUACAUUUUCUUUUUAAAUUUAUUUCACAAGCCUGUGAAACUCCUGAUAAAACAUUUUUCAAGGAAUUGUUAAUUGUUUAUCCGGACACAAUGUUUUCAAAGUAGGAAUAGAUACGCAUUUUCAUCAGAAUCAUAUUUAUCGAAUUUUACUAUGAGUAGGUCAUGUGGAAUACAGCCAAACGCUUUAUAACAGAAAUCCACGAAAAUAUCCCCUACAGCAAAGUCCUCAUCUAGCUUUUUUCUCCAGUCCCUUUGGAGCUUUUGACCUUCAACUAAAGCCGGUUUAUCUUGGCACAGUGUGGGUCUCACCUUGCUUAAUAAAGCCUUAAUACGAGUAUGCUGUUCAUUUUAAAUAAUAAUUGUCAUUAUUAGUAAAGAAAAUAAUUAUACUACGCAGUUAUAACGGAGAUAAACGUUAUUGUCGAUAUUCAAACCCUUAAAUGGUACAAAAGCCAGUAUUAGCUUUGGCAAGUACCCCAUUAAUGCUCUAACAAUUCACGCUAUAGUUGUGGGAGAACAGAUAGCAAGGAAACAGCUUGAAUAGGAGUUGCAUUAAUUUGUAAAUCACAAUACUACAUGAUAAAAACAUUUUAGCAUUUAUUACAUACAACGUGUAUUGACUUGCAUGAAUGCUCAUUGGAACCCUGUGUUAUCAAAGUGGCCCUUAUCAAUUUAAGUUGAUCGAUUUAGUGGAAAAGAUAAAGUGAGAUGGCUGCAAUUUGGGACAAAUAAAAACAAAUAUACGAGGGGACAUAUUAGAGGGGAAAUAAGAAGAAACUAAUACGAAACUAAGGGUGAAGGGCCAAUUUCUACUAAAUUUAAAAUAAAAAAUUUAAAAAACAAAACAAUUCUAUUCAUUUACUGAUACUAAAACCAUGAAUUGGAUGGAAGAAAUGAAAAUGUACGUUAUACACAGUUAAAUAUUUACAUCAUAUUGUCACAUUUUACACAAUAAGUUUACCUAUGUACUAUUUCUUGACUAUAUGAACUACAUACCUACCUCCUACUCAAUCUUUCACGUAUUGGGUUUAGUAGCUGGAGUAUCAACCCAGGGUAUAGUUGUGACAUUCCCAUAGAAAUACUCUUGAAUCGGGGUAACUAGUGAUAAUCCUGUCACUACAGUAUAUCAAAUAUUGUCCCCAGUAGUCGUGCGAGUAACCUAAAGCUCCACUAUAAUUAACCCACGUCAUUACGAUUAGUAGCACGGAAACCAGCAGCAGGUCAGCCGUAAUGAAGGACUGGCUUGUUGCCACUUGGAUAACAUCAGUAAAAAUGAAUACCAUUUGAAAGAACUCCUAAAGGCAGUUGCCUUUGAAGCUUGUUAACCCGGCAGGUAAUUAAGGAAGAAUAUUUACAGAACGCCUGUUCAAGCAAUCGACAUUAGAAGGUUUACAACGAAAAGGCUGAACUGAUGCACAUCCGCUGGAAAAUCCCUAAAUAUUGAUAUCAUUCUAACAACCAAAUGCUGUUAUACAGCUCCUUUUGUUCCUAGUGUUGCGGGUCAGCACUGACUAAUGAUUCAGAGCUAUAAAACCAAAAAUUUUACAAUUUAAAAUGAUUCAGCACUUAGAAAAUUCCUCCACCGGAGUCUCUCCGUUUUCUAAAUUCGUACCUAUUGGAGAACUGGAAUUAAGUAACUGCACUCGCUCUGCAGUUACCACGGUAUCAAACUCCAUUUUCUUCUUUUUCCGCGUGGUACAAUUAAGUAUCGACGGGGAAUUGUUCACUGAAUCUUUUGGCGUGCCUCUAGGCGUCCCGCUUAGACCACUGGUAAGGAGCUUAGCACGGAGACUGGGAGAGUUGCGUAGCAACGCCAUCGAGAACUGACUACCAAUUUUUGCAUUGUGACAUUUGGGCUUGUCGUCUUCCGUCCCUCUGGUUCGCUUAAGAGACUCAUCGGCAUCAAGGAGCCAGUAGGUGGUGACACUGCCUUUACCCUGCGGCAAAAGAGACAAACAGCGUGACCCGAAAUCAAGGCGCUCUGGGGGCAGACUUUUUGGCAUUUGUCAUUAAAAGAAGGCAAUGUUAAAACACUGCAAAAAUAUGGUUUCCAAUACUACUUUGGUUUUGUGUAGCCCUCCCACCUUUAUUCACCGUUAAACUCUGCAGAUGAAUUCCAGUUGCAAAGGAAACAAAGAACAGAUGCACUUUGAAUUGCAUUGAUACCUAUUUCUUUAGACUUCAUAAAAAGGGGAGGAUCAUCAAUUGCCCAAAAACUGUGAACAUGCCUUAAGUGUAACAGGUUCGGGUCAAAUAAAGUGUUCUUCGUUUUCUAUAAGUGCAAAGUUGAAAACUCACCUUGAGGAAAACUUCGCCCCUCUCUUCAAGUUGAAAGCCACCUAAGGCAAGCAAUGCCUUCCCAGUUGAUGCACUUAUAUGUAUUUUGAGCGCUACAGAACAGAAGAGUAGGGUAUCAACAUCCGUGAAUCGCUUGGACACAAAAAAAUAGUUAAAAAAUUCACAAACCAGGUUCGGGUUUGCUCGUCCAUGAACAUCUCAUAAAUAUUUCAGAUGAAAUAAAUUAUUCCCAAAAGAAAGAGUGAAAAGCUUGAUGUAUUGAAUUAUCUAUCAUUUGUUUUCCUUCAGAGUAAGCAUUUUUACUGUAAAUGCCGUUAAGGAGCUCUUCGAGAAAAAGAGAUGAACAAUAAUCCCCAUCAUUAAUUGCAGAAUCUUAUGCAAAAGCUUUAUGAAAGCAAAACACCAAGAGCAGACAAUGGAGGGCCAGGUGAAAAAAUGGAAUGAAUUCUUUUCAUCAGAAGCAAUCUGAUGAAACAAGAUACUUACGAACUCCAGUUGUUUCCAUCCUUGAUGACGUAUUGACAGUAUCCCCAAACAGACAAUACCUUGGCAUAACUGUGCCUACCACCCCAGCGACUACAGGGCCUGCAGCGAGAAGCAAAUAAACUUAAAAACAUAUUUUUUUAUUAUUCAUAGAAAUUAAGACCAAUACAAUUUUACAUUGUUUAUACACCCUAAUUACUGUACUAACGAUACCAUGAAGAGCGAAAGACAAUGACUACCCUAUGUCCGAUACAUAAAACGCACAGCAUUAAACGAAGAUAGAAAGAUAUAUAACUAAAACUAGGUAAACUAAUUACGGAUACAGAGUAAACAGACAAAAAGUAGAUGCUAAUGUAUAGGAGUGUGCAGCAAUGGAAUAUUUAAAGGCGUUCUGAAGCAUGAAUGAAUUUGAGCGUUGCCUGAAGUAGCUUCUUAUUUGUGUCCAUGGUUAAACGCUCAUCACCAUACAAUAUAAAUUAGAAUAAAACUUCAUUUGAAAGAGACGAAAAUUCACGAGGGAGCAAUAUUGCCGAGAUGACUGACCCUGGUACCAGGGGCGAACUAUUGUUACUGAUUAAAAGUUGAAAACUCAUAUUUGAGCCCAACACUAAUACCCGCACAAUACGUUGUGCAGUACGUUUUGAGGCUGCUCGCAAAAGGGCCACCCAUCUCUUCAAUCGGUAACAAAAAAUCACUGCAUUUCAUCCCUAUGAACACUGCCGGCCCUCUUUCCAGUUAGAAGGCAGUCCUCUAUCCAGCAAGAGGGAUCUAGACCUUCAAGACUGGCUUUCACUGCUUCUAAUCGCAAUCUAAAUAUUUGUAUUUUCCUACUUAUACUGAGAUUAGGAGAAAGGAAAUCAGCCAUCUCUUGUAGAAAGGCAUGCAUUAGUGAGGCCGCCAAAUAACUAGUUUUCGAUAUUUUCAAAUUGACGGAAACGUACAAAAGCUACAGAGACCUAAAAUUUGUCAAGGAUAACUCGGAACCGCAAGAAAAGACGGCUGAUUUGGGAAAUUUUAACAAUAUGAGUCUAAUAGUCGUCAAAAGGACGCCAAGAAGUGUGGAGAAUGAAACUUGGGCAGAUGUUGAUCUAACUGUAUAAGAGGAGUACCUGUAUGAACACCAACUCUUAGAUUUAGUUUGUAGCCUGGUUUAUGCCGAAUUGUAAAGUCUUUAACUUCGGAUAAAAUGUUCAGCGACAUCAAUGCGAUUUCCUUCGCGUGUUGCUGUCCAUUUCUAAUUGGGAGGCCAGAUGCAACCAUGUAUGCGUCUCCUAUCGUCUCAACCUUCAACAAAAUAAUCCAAUGGAUAAAUUAAAAAAGUCGCGUAACAAGACGGUGCGCAAGAUUUCAUUCAUUCAUUCAUUCAUUCAUUCAUUCAUUCAUUCAUUCAUUCAUUCAUUCAUUCAUUCAUUCAUUCAUUCAUUCAUUCAUUCGUUCGUUCGUUCGUUGAGUUAAUUAAUAUUUCAUUAAUCUAUUUGGUAAGAGUGCCUUCCAGCAGCAAUUGUUUGCGCUAAGCGAAAGCUCGACAAAUAGAAGUAUUCUGGAUUUGUUGUGAAAAGUGACAUACAGGAAAAGUUCAAAGAUUAUAACUGACCUUGUAUACAUCGUACACUUUGAUCACGUCAUCAAAUAGAGUGUACAGGUCGUUCAAAAUAUUCACAACCUGGAGAGAAGACAAUUUUAUCAAUAAUAAAAAGCGGGGGGAUACAGAAGAGAAGGCGCCAAAGUUUCCUACAAAAAUAUUGCUGUUCUACUCUUUCAUUAUAAGUGCAAAGUCCAAAUAGAAUCAAAAUGCCAAGUGUUGAUUGAUAUAAUCGAAAAUUCGCAAUUGAUAUAAUUUAAAAUGUGCAAAAACAAGCAUCAAAAACAUCUGCAUGGCUAUUUGUUCAUCCAAAGUCACUAGGACUUUGUUUUGUUUCAACAAGUGCAAGCAAAUGUCAUUAUUUUUGAAGCAUUGGAUAAAAACCGCUUAAUGUCGAAAAGACAUGUGCUACGACUCACACCUUACAUUCUUGCCAAAAUGUUACGUUUAAGUUGAAAACCAGUGAAGUCUCAAAUCACUUUCAGGGAACUCAACAGGCACGUUUCUUUUACCGAAUUGGUAUCUGAUAGAGAAUACGCGCUUGAGCAAGAAUCUAUCCAGUUUCCAUGGAAAUAAAAGACCACAAAACCACCUUAAACGCUGAAGGAAAAACGUUUAAACGAAACAAUUCGUAUAAAAAUGAGUUUAGCUCGUUGGAUUCAAACCUGCAUAGGGGUGCAUUCGGCACAGAGUGACGUAAAACCGACAAUAUCACUGAAGUAUAUCGUCACAUCGCUGAAAUGCUCAGCUUCGACAGCCUUGCCCUUUUUCAGCUGCUUAGCAACAGUAAUAGGCAGCAUUCUCUCCAAUAGCGCCUCCGUUUUCCGCUUCUCUUCCAUUAAUUCACCAGUUUUACAUUCAACAACCUCCUCCAGGUUUUCAGUAUACCGCUCCAUCAUAUAAAUCAUAUUGUCAAA